UCUAAGAAUCUACUGUUGACCCACCCCUUCCCCGAGCAAUCUCUCUCUCAGCAAAACCCUGAAACCAGACAGUACUGGAAAAAAACUAUAUCGACAAAAAAAAAGGCACCGCACACUUUGUAUCGGCUAACGUGCGCACCAUCGCCGGCACUUGCUAAUGGGCGCCGGGCUCCUUCGCCGCCGCGUCGUCUCCGCCGUAUUUGCUCUGCUCUUCCUCUCCUUCUCCUCCGCCGUCUCUCUCCCCCAUUUUGGAGGCGGGCUUGAGCAGGAGUGGACGGGGCCUGGUUACCCGGGUCGGAUCCUGGUACAGAAACGGUUUAACGGACCGGGUUCGUUGCCGCCGACGUGUAGAUCCAAGUGUGGGAGGUGCGAACCGUGUAAACCGGUUCACGUGCCGAUUCAACCCGGUUUGAGUACGCCAUUGGAGUAUUACCCUGAAGCUUGGCGGUGCAAAUGUGGCAAUAGGCUUUUCAUGCCCUGAAAAUUUUAAUUAUUUAAAAGAAUUUUAUAAAAAAGAUA